GUGCAUAAUUCAAGCGUGCAUGAAGAGCUGUGCUUUCUGAGGAGACAAAAUGCAAGAAUAAAAGAAAAAAAUCUUCAAACAUUCACAUCAGCCUUAGAGGACAAUACAAGCAGCAGGAUUUGAAAGAGAUUUGCAGAUGCACUCUCUUUAGGCAGGGAGAAUUCUCAUUAAAUGCAAGAUGCUUCUGUGGCUUGUGGGCUUGCACGGAGGUAGAGGUUUGCAAGACUGACGUAUCAGAUAAAGUCAGAGUGGUUACCACACCGACGGUGUAGCAGCUGCAUAAUAAAUGAUGGAGAGAAUCAUGUUAGGCAUGCCCACCUAACCUAACUUGAAUCAUGCGAAAGGGGAGCUGCUGGAAUUCAAAUAGACUUUCUGGUUCCCAGCAGUCGGCAGUAAUAGAAUGCUUUCAGGAAGAUGACAGAUGCAGGGGAAAGAUGCUGUUUUGCACUAUCUUGAUUUGUUACGGCAGCCAACUUAUUGGCAUGAUGGAGUGACAAGAAAAGCAGCUGGCAUGGAAGAUGAACGGGAAGAUGUUCAAAAGAAAACUUUCACAAAAUGGAUAAAUGCACAGUUUGCUAAGUUUGGAAGACGUUACAUUGAAGACCUUUUUAAUGAUUUUCGAGAUGGACGAAGACUUCUGGAGCUCCUGGAAUACCUUACAGGCCAAAAAAUUGCAAAAGAAAAGGGCUCCACAAGAGUUCAUGCUCUGAACAAUGUCAACAAAGCACUCCAGGUUUUGCAGAGAAAUAACGUUGAUUUGGUAAAUAUAGGGAGCUCAGACAUUGUGGAUGGAAAUCAUAAGCUGACCCUUGGUUUGAUCUGGAAUAUAAUCCUCCACUGGCAGGUCAAAGAUGUAAUGAAAAACAUCAUGGCUGGACUGCAGCAGACAAACAGUGAAAUGAUUCUGCUGAGCUGGGUCCGCCAAUCGACUCGCAAUUACCCACAGGUCAACGUUAUCAAUUUCACCACUAGCUGGUCUGAUGGAUUGGCUUUCAAUGCACUCCUCCACAGCCACAGACCAGACCUAUUUGAUUGGAAUGCUGUUGCUUCUCAGCCGUCACCUGUACAACGAUUAGAACAUGCAUUCAACGUAGCCCGGCAACACCUGGGCAUAGAGAAACUCCUUGAUCCUGAAGAUGUUGCAACUGCCUGUCCAGAUAAGAAGUCCAUCUUAAUGUAUGUGACUUCACUAUUCCAAGUUCUGCCCCAGAAAGUCACCAUGGAAGCCAUCAGGGAGGUGGAGAUGCUGCCACGACACACAAGGGUCACUAGAGAAGAGCACAUAGAAGUACAUGAACAGCAUUUUUCACAAGAAUUUUCAGAAACUGUUGAACAAAAGACAUUUAGCACCACGCGGAUGGGAUCUGAAAUGGAUCUUGAAAACUACCAAACUGCUUUAGAAGAAGUACUCACGUGGCUUCUCUCUGCUGAAGAUGCAUUACAAGCACAAGGAGAUAUAUCCAAUGAUGUAGAAGUUGUUAAAGAACAGUUUCACACACAUGAGGGUUUUAUGAUGGAGUUAACAGCUCAUCAAGGACGUGUUGGUAAUGUUUUGCAAGUUGGAAGUCAACUUUUAACAGCGGGAAAACUUUCAGAUGAUGAAGAGAAUGAAAUCCAAGAACAAAUGAAUCUACUUAAUUCUCGAUGGGAAAGUCUCAGGGUAGCAAGUAUGGAAAAACAAAGCAAUUUACAUAAAGUUCUAAUGGAUCUGCAGAAUCAGCAGCUGGCCCAGUUAGCUGACUGGCUGACAAAAACAGAAGAAAGGACAAAGAAAAUCGAUUUGGAGCCCCUAGGUCCAGAUCUAGAGGACCUAAAGCGUCAAGUAGAAGAGCAUAAGGCAUUUCAAGAAGAUCUGGAACAGGAACAAGUCAAGGUGAAUUCUCUAACCCAUAUGGUAGUGGUGGUUGAUGAGAACAGUGGAGACAGAGCUACUGCUGCACUGGAAGAGCAGCUUCAGCACUUUGGAAAACGAUGGGCAGUAAUCUGCAGAUGGACAGAAGACCGAUGGGUCCUUCUGCAAGAUAUUCUUCGUAAAUGGCAGCAUUUUGCAGAAGAGCAGUGCCUUUUUGAUGCGUGGCUUACUGAGAAAGAGGAUGCUGUGACCAAAAUUCGUACAACUGGCUUUGAAGAUCAAAAUGAAAUGCUGACCAAUCUAAGCAAAUUAGCUAUCUUAAAAGGAGAUCUAGAAAUGAAAAGGCAAAUGAUGAGUAAGCUGAAGUUGCUCAGUCAAGAUCUCCUUGUAGCUGUGAAAAAUAAAGCAGUGGCUCAAAAGCUGGAGAGUCGUCUUGAAAAUUUUGCCCAGCGCUGGGAUAGUCUUGUGCAGAAGGUGGAGAGCAAUUCUAAACAGAUUUCGCAGGCUGUCACUACCACUCAGACAUCAGUAACACAGACAACUGUAAUGGAAACUGUAACUAUGGUGACCACAAGAGAACAAAUCCUGGUUAAGCAUGCUAAAGAGGAACUCCCACCACCUCCACCCCACAAAAAAAGACAACUCCUUGUGGAUUCAGAAAUUAGGAAGAGGUUUGACUCUGACACAACAGAGCUCCACAGCUGGAUGACCCGCUCCGAAGCCGUGCUUCAGAGUCCCGAGUUUGCAAUCUUUCGAAAAGAAGGCAAUCUCUCAGAUCUCAGAGAACGAGUCAAUGCCAUCCAGCGAGAAAAGCCUGAGAAGUACAGAAAACUGCAAGAUGCCAGCAGAUCAGCUGAGGCCCUGGUGGAACAGAUGGUGAAUGAGGGCCUCAAUCCUGACAACAUUAGACAAGCCUCAGAGCAGCUGAAGAGCCGCUGGAUUGAGUUCUGUCAGUUGCUCAGUGAAAGACUGGCAUGGCUGGAGUACCAAAAUAACAUCAUUGACUUCUACUCCCAGCUGCAGCAACUGGAGCAGACAACAAUUACUGCAGAAAACUGGCUGAAAGCACAACCCACACCAGCAACAGAUCCUGCUACAGUAAAAACUCAGUUGGAAAAAUGCAAGGAUGAAAUCAUCCGAAUGUCAACCCUUCAACCUCAAAUUGAACGACUAAAGGCUCAAAGUCAAGCACUGAAAGAGAAAGAACAAGGACCAGUGUUUCUGGAUGCUGACCUUGCUGCUUUUACCAGCCAUUUCAAACAAAUAUUUGCUGACAUGCAUGCCAGAGAAAAGCAGCUACAGACCAUUUGUGACAGUUUGCCUCCUGCACACUACAAAGAGACAAUGAACACUGUACUUUUGUGGAUCCAGCAGUCAGAAACUAAACUCUCCAUGCCUCAGGUUGCAGUUGCUGAAUAUGAAAUUAUGGAGCAGAGACUCAGGGAGCUCAAGGCUCUACAAAGUUCUCUUCAAGAGCAGCAAAAAGGCCUAAACUAUCUCAGCACAACUGUGGAGGAUUUGUCCAGGAAAGCCCCUGCAGAAGUCAGUCAAAGAUACCGAUCAGAGAUUGAGGUGAUCCUUGGCCGCUGGAAGAAACUGUCAGCACAGCUGGUGGAACAUUGUCAGAAACUUGAGGAGCGUAUGACCAAACUCCAGCGAUUCCAGAAUGACACUAAAACACUGAAGAAGUGGAUGGCUGAAGUGGAUGUUUUUUUGAAGGAAGAGUGGCCUGCCCUUGGAGAUUCAGAAGCACUGGAAAAGCAACUUGAGCAAUGUACAGCUUUAGUAAAUGAUAUCCAGACAAUCCAGCCCAGUUUGAACAGCGUUAAUGAGGUUGGGAAGAAAAUGAAGAGUGAAGCAGAGCCAGAAUUUGCUUCCAGAAUAGAAUCAGAACUGAAGGAUCUCAAUGCUCAGUGGGAACACAUUUGCCAACAGGCCUAUGCUAAGAAGGCUGCAUUAAAAGGUGGUUUGGAUAAAACUGUGAGUCUCAGAAAGGAUUUGUCAGAGAUGCAUGAGUGGAUAACACAAGCUGAGGAAGAAUAUCUGGAAAGAGAUUUUGAGUAUAAAACACCUGAAGAAUUGCAGAGAGCUGUUGAGGAGCUGAAGAGGGCAAAGGAGGAAGCCAUGCAGAAAGAAGUGAAAGUGAAACUUAUUACAGAUUCUGUUAAUAAUUUUAUAGCAAAGGCUCCACCUGCAGCCCAUGAGGCUUUGAAAAAGGAGCUUGAUGUUCUGAUUACCAGCUACCAGCAACUCUGCAGCAGAUUGAAUGGAAAGUGGAAGACUUUGGAGGAGGUAUGGGCAUGUUGGCGUGAAUUAUUGUCGUAUUUGGAUGCAGAGAAUAAAUGGUUGAAUGAGAUUGAGCUGAAACUCAAGGCAACCGAAAAUGUCCAGGGAGGUGCAGAAGAGAUUUCUGAGUCUUUAGAUUCUUUGGAACGUUUAAUGAGACAUCCAGAAGAUAAUCGCAAUCAGAUUCGGGAAUUGGCUCAGACUUUAACAGAUGGUGGAAUAUUGGAUGAAUUGAUCAAUGAGAAACUUGAGAAGUUCAAUACUCGAUGGGAAGAACUUCAGCAGCAGGCCGUGAGAAGACAGAAAAGUCUUGAACAGAGUAUUCAAUCUGCACAGGAGACUGACAAAACCCUGCGCUUAAUCCAAGAGUCUCUCGCUGUUAUUGACAAACAGCUGACAGCCUACACUGCAGACAGAGUGGAUGCAGCACAGGUCCCUCAGGAAGCACAGAAAAUACAAUCUGAAUUAACAAGCCAUGAGAUUAGUUUGGAAGAAAUGAAGAAACGAAACCGGGGUAAAGAUGCUGCCAAAAGAGUGCUUUCCCAAAUUGAUGUGGCACAGAAAAAGCUGCAGGAUGUCUCCAUGAAGUUCCGCUUGUUCCAGAAGCCGGCCAACUUUGAACAGCGCCUACAGGAGUGUAAAAGAAUUUUAGAUGAAGUGAAGUUGCAGGUGCCCAAGUUGGAGACGAAGAGUGUUGAGCAGGAAGUAGUACAAUCACAGUUGGAUCAUUGCAUGAAAUUAUAUAAAAACCUGAGUGAGGUGAAGUCUGAAGUGGAAACAGUAAUAAAAACUGGGAGGCAGAUUGUUCAGAAGCAGCAGACGGAGAACCCCAAGGAACUGGAUGAAAGGCUUACAGCUUUGAAGUUGCAAUAUAAUGAGUUGGGUGCAAAGGUGACAGAAAAAAAACAAGAGUUGGAGAAAUGCUUGAAAUUGUCCCGGAAACUACGAAAAGAAAUUAAUUCUCUGACAGAAUGGCUCGCAGCGACAGACGCAGAAUUGACAAAGAGAUCGGCUGCGCAGGGGAUGCCGAGCAAUUUGGAUGCUGAAAUUGCCUGGGGCAAGGCAACACGGAAGGAGAUUGAGAAACGGCAAGUCCAGCUUAAGAGCAUCAGUGAUUUAGGAGAGAAUUUGAAGACAGUGAUGAAAGGAAAGGAAAGCCUGGUGGAGGAUAAACUCAGCCUGCUGAACAGUAACUGGAUUGCGGUAACUUCACGUGCUGAGGAAUGGUUCAAUCUGUUACUGGAAUAUCAAAAGCACAUGGAGGCUUUUGAUCAGAACUUAGCUAAUGUCACAACUUGGAUGUAUCGUGCUGAAAUACUGUUGGAUGAAUCUGAUAAACAAAAACCCCAGCAAAAAGAGGAAAUUCUUAAGCGCUUAAAGGCUGAGCUGAAUGACAUUCACCCAAAGGUGGACUCUGUGCGUGACCAGGCGAUGCACUUGAUGACAAACCGUGGGGAUCACUGCAGGAAAGUAAUAGAGCCUAAACUGUCAGAGCUCAACCAGCGAUUUGCAACUGUAUCACAGAGAAUUAAAAGUGUAAAGCCCUUCAUUCCUGUGAAGGAAUUGGAGCAAUUUGACUUCGAUAUACAAAAAAUGCUUGAACCACUGGAGGUUGAAAUUCAGCAGGGAGUGAAUCUGAAAGAGGAGGACUUCAAUAAAGAUAUGAGUGAAGAGGAUGAGAGCACAGUGAAAGAAUUGCUGCAAAGGGGCGACAGGCUUCAAAAGGGAGUCACAGAUGAGAGAAAGCGUGAGGAAAUAAAGACAAAACAACAGCUGUUGCGGACUAAACAUAAUGCCCUCAAGGACUUGAGAUCUCAAAGAAGAAAAAAGGCUUUAGAGAUUUCUCAUCAAUGGUAUCAGUACAAGAGGCAGGCUGAUGACCUAAUGACAUGGCUGGAUGACAUUGAGAAAAAGUUAGCCGGUCUACCAGACCAGAAAGAUGAGCAGAAGCUAAAGGAGAUUGGUGGAGAAUUGGAGAAGAAGAAGGAAGAUCUGAAUGCGGUGCACAGGCAGGCUGAACGCUUGUCUAAGGAUGGGGCUGCAAAAGCAGUGGAGCCAACCCUGAUACAGCUCAGCAAGCGCUGGCAAGAUUUUGAGAGCAAAUUUGCUCAGUUUCGAAGACUCAACUAUGCACAAAUUGUGAGUUGUUACUGGCAAACCCAUAUGUUUGCAACUGCUACUACUAACAGCAUCCUACUAACAGUGAGAGCUUCAGGGUCACUGUCAACUCUUCAGAUAUUAAUAAGAAAAACCCUAUUGUCUGCAAGUGGGGGAAUCUUUAUAUACUCCAAUACAAUAGUGCUCUGCUUUUGUCUUAAAAUUGCCCUUAAGUUAUAUCAGUCAAUAAGAAAAAACUCAGCAAUGAAAAAUUUGUGUUUAUUUCUGUUGCCUCAUUAUUUUUCCAUAACAUUUAUCAGUUUAGAAACAUUAGUUUGCCAUGCAUCUAUUUGGUUCACUGAACAUGUAAAACACAAAAAUUGUCUUUUCCAAACUACCCAUCUCAUGCCAAUUUUAAUUGGUUUUUUUAUUUGUCCAUAACAUGUUAUACUCACUUUAGGAAGUGACUUGAAAAAUUUUUAUGACACUAUAUAUACAUGGCCUCUUCUUCGAAUGCUUGAAUUCUCAAAAAAGUUUUUGUAAGAAAGUGUACCUUUAAAUUUGACAGGUUGAAAACAUAAUUUUAUGAACCAUCUUCAUGUCUUCUGAUUUUGUUUAGUUGUAUAUAAAAUGUAAUUAUUCUUACUUGUUUAUAAAUACUGCGGUAACUGGAUAAAUAAAAGGGAAAUUUUCACUA